AGCCUGGCUGCUCAAAUGUAUAAAGCAACGCCCUCAAAGAGGAAGUCUCAGGCACUUCCUCACAAAAUCAGCAAGCAAGAGAAAAACAAAAUCAAGAGGUUGAAAACUGCUGUCACUUUCCUCAACUCAGUUUGCAAAACUGAAUGCCAUAGUUUACAAUACGGGAUACAAAUCAGCUGCUUUUUGGAAAACAUUGAAUUACUGUGCAAUUCACGCUCGAAUAGAUGGCUUCACAAGUAAUGUUCCAUAAUGCCACCUAUCUCUCAAAUUACGUUAACUCAGACAAUGGCAAUUCCAAAAAUUUUACUUCAGGUUUGGACAAUUGCACAAUCAACAAGUUUUCGAAAGCACAAAACUUAGUUUCAAGAUGUGUUUACAUCUACAGUGUAUUUGGACUUUUGGGACUAGUAAUGGGCAUCCUCAUCCUCAUCAGAAACAUUAGAAACUAUAAGCAGAACAUGAAUUUUGAGAAACUUGACAUCAUACUAUUGUCGCUGACAGUGGCAGAUCUCACACUCAUUCUUUUCUCACUCACUGAUGCAGUCAGACCAGAGGAGAUAAAUAUCACUGCGCUUGGCUGUGCCAUUCUCUCAUUCUUCUUCAAUAUCUCCUACUUCUACACAGGAUACACUCACAUUGUGAUUUUCUUCUUGGCAUACGACCACCUGGAAGUGGCGAGGAGAGCUUUGAAAAAAGUGUAUAUCUCCAUCUUGGCUGUAAUGGGCAUUAGCAUCACCUUCUCCAUCCUGAUCACAUCGUUAACUGGGGCUGGACACCACCCGAACAUGUCAGUGAACUGCCACGUGGACCCGCUUGAAGCCCCAGCCGAGUACAGCAUUCUCAAGUUUGUCUUCGGAUUCUUAAUACCAACACUCAUCAUUCUGGGCUUACUCCUGCAUUUCCUGGUCCGUUCCAAAUGCUUGCAGAAAGCACAGGAGCACCAAGGUCACAUUGGGUGCUUCCAUCCUCAACGGGUGUUUCUGAUGCUGGUAACAGUGACUUUUAUUUGCCGCUUGAUUUAUAAUGUUUUGCUUCUCCACAAAUCUCAAGAGGACGCAUGGCACCAUAUUAGUGAUUUCAAACUCAAGCCUCUGGUGACUAUCAGAGAAUUAGUCAUGUUUUCUGGCAGCUGCCUGUGCUUGAUGUUUAUUGCAAUUUUUCACGAGCUGCGUCACCAAGCCAUGAUCAAUGCUUACCGAAACCAUAAUGUCAUGAGUCCCAAUAUUGAGAUCACUGGGAACCACGAAGAGUCUGCAUCGCUUAACUGAAGUACCUGCCACCCAGGAAGGAUAGAAUUCUGCAACAAUUAACUCAAACAAUGCAGUGACAAAUGCUACUGCUUUAAUUCUGUCCCAAAAUGUUUUUUUGAAGCAGGGUUUUUUGGCUUGCUUGAACAUUCUCAAAUUCUUUUGAAGACCUAUUCUACAAUGACCUACACCCAGUCUGAAGCCUCUACUAUGUCAUUCUGGAUACAACUACAUUCUGGAAGGAAUUAGGUAGAACACAAUACCCUCAGGGCAACUUUACUACGGUGACAUGUGUUUCACCAUUGAAAAGAUGAAGUAUGGAAAAUCUAAGUGUGGAAAAUCAGCAGUACAAGCAACUCAUUAACACCUUUUUUUUUCUUAUAAUGGGGCCAAGCACAGAUUUAGCUAAGAAAAGUGACAGAACAACAGAGUUAAAUUAUUAUAAAUCAUUUGAUGAACACAAAUGAUCCCUGGUUUAAAACAAAGGAAGUUUUGAUUUGCUAUUUUUUAAUAACAAAAUGGUAAAGGUCUUGUAAAAUGUAAGAUGCUUAAAAACAGAUGAAGCUGCAGAAAAUAGGCUACAAGUUACAAAGUUAAGAGAUUCACGCAUACAGCUCCUAAAACCACAGGAUUUGGUCUUUUCACUCCUUAUUUACCAAGGAGGUCACAGAUUAUAAAACGUGCACAGCAUUGUAGCUCCAAAGCAUGUAGAGUGGGAAAAAAUGUCCACACUUGAUUGUAGCCAGCAGUAAAUCUACAGAACAAUCCACGCAAAUGACACCAGCCAUCGUUUUAACUGAUAGCAUUACAUUAAGUGCCAACAUUAAUGAGCUACUACACAACAUUGGCUGAGCACAAACAGUGCCAAAAUUGCACAUUUUACUUUUACUCAAGAAACAGAGUGCUGUAAUAAUGGCAGUGGAUUAGAAGCAUAGGCUUGAGUGACAGAUUUUACUAAAAUGUGGCCUCACACCGAAGCUUCCUUGAUGAGAAGAAGCCGAUUGUUGAGUGACUGCAGUUAGCUCCUCCUCUAGCCUCAAAACUUGUGAAAUCUUUUCAUCCUCCAUAGUGAAAACAUUUUGCUUUUAAAGGUUGGGCCAUGCUCAACUGUUCAGAACCACAGAUGACCAACCAACAAUGUGUGCCGUGGAGGCCCAUUAAUCUGAAUAUUGAACAGUACUGAAUAGCAAGUGUGAAGUAUUUAGUGGAGAGAUGAACAAACGACACUUUGUUAAACUUGUGAAUAUCCACCAAUAAAGAAAGUGCACUAGAAAUUAGUGACGACGGCAUUGCAAUCAAGUAACAAUCAUAUUGUGAAGUGAUUUCAUAGCCUACUUAAUUCCGAGAAUGAAAGGAAAAAUGGCAUCACUUCCUGCAAGACUGUCUGAAUACACAUUUACAAAUGAGGUGCAUGAUCAACAUUAAAAUCAUACUUUAAAAAACAUAUAAAAAUGAUUAUACCAGCUCCUGCAAAAAAUGCAACUUCCUUCCAUGAACAUCUUGGUUCUGAAAUUAAAGUUAAAUAUUUUGACUUUUGUAUUUUAUAUCUUAACUGAUUGUCUGUAUGCUGAAGAAUACUAAAUGUAAAAUAUUCAGUGCUAUUCUGAAGGGUAAAAAAUGGUUAACUGUAAGUUAAAUUUAGUAAACAUGUUAACCAAGUGUAAACAUCAAAUUAAAUUGCUUGAAGCUUCUAACCACACAUAUUUGGAGAACUGACUUAAAAUGGCAUCAAAUUUUAUGCAGACCAUUCAAUCAACUGUACAUAGGUAGACUUGCAGGAAUAGGCAAAAAAAGUGCAAUGAUUUGUCUGCUUUGCCCGUUGGAAUCCUGAUAAUUGUGCAUUGAUAGUAGGAACCAAUCUCCACGUUGUAUGACAGUUAUAACAGGUUCAGAUCUGACAUGAAGAAAACUCCCAUGUGUUGGAGCUUUGAGAACCAUUGGUCCAAAGUCAGCUGUUGCUCCCAGGUACACUGCACUGACUACACGUCAUGUCUUAAAUUACUCAUACACUGUAUCUCAAAAUAGUACCAAUUGGCAUGAUGUUACAAUAUAGGGCAAUAUAUAUUUUUGCCACAUUCUAAAUCAGGUCAGGAAAUUAAAAGAUAUCUAACUGCAGUCUACUGGUCACAUGUGCCACAUAAGAGUCUGGUAAAUGGUCCAGGAAGCUUAUUUUAUUUGCAUUAGUUAUUAUAGAAUUACUGUAUAAAGGAUUUGAAAUGUCAUGCGGUAGUUUACUCGUGUGUUAGCGAUUCCUGAAUAUGUUACUUUUGACAGAUGAGAGGCACUUACCUCCUGCUUUAGAUGAAAAAAAAUUAUCCACUGAGCAGCAAUGACCAACAAUGUUUAUUCCCACUGUUUAUAUCCUUCUCCAAGUGCAGUUUUCCAUUACCUAAUGACGGCACUAACAACACUGUAUAUUUUCCUCUAACGAAUUAAUUUAAUCAGGAUAAAGCAAAAGUCGUGACUCUGCAGGAGUCAUUAUGUUGACUAAAGCAAAAAAGAUCCUUUUCUUAAGAAGAAAGCUUUCCUCAGCACUUGGAGGGUUCGAGGAUGGAGUCAAUUUAACCACAGUUACAGAAAAAAGGGUGCAAUUACAUGGUAGGUGUAGUAGAACUGUUAUAAUGGGGGAACUUCAAUUACCCAAAGACUGGGAUACUCACGGCGUGAGGCGCAGUGAGGGUCAAGUGCUCCUGGAGUGUAUUAAGGAGAGUUUGCUACAAUAGUGUGUGUUUAGUCCAACAAGGGCCUGGUGCUUGGAAAUGAGGUGGGCCAAAUGUAACAUUUAGUGAGGCAGUGAUCAUAAGGUUCAGGUCGGUGUUAAGAGAAUGACAUGCAUCAAUUCAGGGCAAGUAAAAUCAAUUGGCAGAGAGCUGACUUUAAUGGGGCAGGAACAGAGCUGAGCAGGAUUGUUUGGAAUGAGAGAUUGGUUUGCAAGAUCAGUAACUGAACAAUGGACCAUCUUCAAGGAGUAGAUGGUUUGGGUACAAUCAAGGUAUAUUCCCUUUGAUUGGAAAGGUAAGACAAACAAAUCCAGGGUUCGCAGGAUUAUUUUAUUAAUUAACAUUAGAAGGAAAAGGUCUGCUUAUGACAGGCAUAAGGCAGAAAAUACAACUAGAAUCAACAGGAAUACCAAAUGUUUAAGGGAGAAGUCAAAAAGCAAAGAGGAACAAUGAGAAAAUAACUAGAAGCUAACAAAGCGAAAUCCCUAAAUUUUCUAUAGGAAUACAAACACCAUAGAGUAGUUAAAGGAGUAGUACAGUCAGAGACCAAAAAGUGGAUUCACAGAUAGAGCUAGAGGCGUUAAAUGAAUAUUUUGCAUUUGUCUUCAUAAAAGAGGAUGAUAUCCAGGCCCAGUUGACAGUGGAAGAAAGCCUAUCAACAGAAGGGACCAAUAUUAACAAGAAAGAAGUCUUGGAUAGACUGUUGGUACUUAAAAAGAUAUCAGUACCAGAUAACAUGCAGCCAAGGAUUGUAAAGAAAGUGAAGGUAAAAAUUGCGGAGGGACUGGUCAUAAUAUCUGUCUUCUCUGGACUUCAGGGAAAUGCCAGAGGACUGGAAAAUUCCAACAUUAUAGCCUUGUUCAAAAACAGAUGUAAAGCUGAUUCCAGCAUUACAGACUAGUUGAUUUAACUUCAGUAGUGGGCAAAUGUUUGGAAACAAUUAUAUGCAUUAGAAUCAGUAGUCACAUGGAAAAAGGUGGGUUGAUUAGAAAAAGUCAGCAUGGAUUUCUAAAGGGAAAAUCUAACAUACUGGAGUUUUUUUUUGAAGAGAUAACACAAAGGUUCAAUGAGGGUAAUGACAUGGUAUACAUGGAUUUCCAGAAGACAUUUGGUACAGUGCCUCACAGCAGACUUGGGAAGAAAGCUAUAGAUCAUGGUAUAAAAUGGACAGUGGCAAAUAAAGGUACAAUAUUGGCUGAGAAAUAGAAAACAGAGUGUAAUAGUCAACAGAUAUUUUUCAGGCCAGAGAGGGUUUGUCAUGGAGUUUCCCAGAGGUCAGUACUGGGACCCUUACUUUUCAUGCUAUGUAUUAAUGAUCUCAAUCCUGGUGUGCAGGGGACAAUUUCCACGUUUGCAGAUGACCCAAAACUUUGAAGAAUUGUAAACUGUACGGAGGAUCAUGUAGAACUACAAAAGGACAUUAACAAGCUGGUGGAGUGAGCAAAAAGGUGGCAGACGAGAUUCAAUGCAGACAAGUGUGAGGUGAUGCAUUUUGCUUAGCACUAAAAGACAAUAUAAAAUACAAUUCUAAAGGGCAUGCUUGAGCAAAGGGACCUUGGUGUAUACGCGCACAGAUUAUUGAAGAUGGCAAGAUAGGUGGAGAAAAUAGUAAAUAAAGCAUACAGUGUUCUAGGCUCUAUUAGUAGGGUAUAGGUUACAAGAGCAAGGAGGUGACAUUGAACUUGUAAAAGACACUUUUUAGACCUUGCUAGAAUAUUGUGUACUGUUGUGGGAGCCACGUUAUCAGAAAGAUGCAAAAAACAUUGGACUGAAUGCAGAAGGAUGGUUUCAGGUGUGAGAAACUUCAGGUAUCAGGAAAGAUUGAAGAAGUUGGGAUUGUUCUCCCUGGAGAGAAGCUGAGAGGAGAUCUGAUUGAGGUUUUCAAAGUCAUGAAUGGGUUGGGUAGAAUAGAUGACAUGAAGUUGUUUACACUUGUCGAAGAAACAAGAACAUGAGGGAAUGGAUUUUAAAUUGAUUAUACAAAUUAAGCAAGGGUGACGUGAGAAAAUAACAUUUUCACACAAGAGGUUGUUAGGGUAUGGAACGGACUGCCUGAACAUGUGAUGGAGGCAGGUUCAAUUGAGGUAUUGAAGACUGUUUUGGAUGCUUUCUUGGAUACCAAUGGUGUGCAGGGAUAUGGGGAAAAGGUAGGAGUUUGGCACAAGAUAAUAGAACCAAUGCAAGCAUGAUAGGCUGAAUGGCUCCUUCUAAAUCGUAAUAAUUCUGUGAUUCACUCCUGCAAUGCUCUGACAACAAGGGGGGGAGUAUAAGCAUUGAAUCCUUGUUACAGCAUUGGUAUUGGUCUAUUAUCUUUUGCUACACUAAAUUUGGUUGCAAGUAGCCAAAUGGGCCAUUUAACUACUGAUUAAAAAGUCUUUAAGGGGGUGUCAGGAGCAAGUUCAGACUCAUAAUAAUGAUUGUGAUAAUGAAGUCAGUUUCAAGGUGGAGAGAGGAGGAUAGACUAUAAAGAAAGGAAAAUUAGUCUUUAGCAUUCUUACCACCCAUGACUUAAAUUGAAAUUUUCAUAUCUGCUUCAUUUACCUGAAGAAGCUUUGCUACAUUCAACAAUUACCCUCCAUGCCCAUCUCAAUCUCUAUUAAAUCUCUACAAAGCCCAACUCCAUCCAAAACAAAAUACUGCUCCUUAAUCUGAUGAGGCUAUUCUACUAGGAGCUCCCUCAUUCACCAUGACUAGAUACAAUAAAAAAAUCUGCUCAACACUUGAUUGCUUGUUCCCAAUGGCAAAACCUGCCUGCCACAGCUUUUUUAAUUUUGCUCUGAUUUAUGAUGUUACUGAGUGCUGCUCUAGCCUUACCCUCUUUAUCCUCUUCACCUGAAAAUUAACUUUUUGACAUACAGUAUGCUUUCUCUUCCUUAUGUUCCACCAUUGUUGAAAUUCAGAUUCAUUUGUUCUUUCCUCGGUCCACAAAACUACGGGACUCCCGAUUUUCCUUAGUGAUUCCUUUCUAUGACAAUCUUCCAGCUUUGGACAGCCAAGGCCAGUAUGAUCUGAUCAGUACAACUUCUUAUUUUAGUUGGUUCUCCUCAGUGAAUUAGACAAAACUAAAUUAUAUUCAAGGUUAUCUUCAGCUGCACAACCUUCAAAUCGUACUGACGUUAUAAUUGUAUUCAAUGUAAAUUAAUGAAAGAGCAAUAAAAGCUGUCAGAUCUCAUCAGUAAUCAGAA